AUGUUUAAAAUAGUAAACGAAUCUGCCACCUUACAAUGUGAAAAAGACGGCCGUGGGAUAUGUGAUGUUUAUCUAGUAUGGGAGCUCGUGUCUCACAUUGCUCAGGAACUUAAUCCGCAGGACUUAUUCAACUUUUCUCUAUCGUGUCGAACCCUGCAAUGGCUCAUCCGGGACGACCACAUCUGCGCAAUGGUUCUAGAAGUAAGCUGCAGCCUUAAGCCAACACGACUAUCUCACGCACACGCUCCACCGAUGUCUGAUAUACUUUCUCCACCAAAGGAGUCGAGACAUUCGGGUGUGUUCCGGAGUCUGACGCUGACAGUAUUCACAUGGAAGUCGACUGCCCCGUUUGCCCCAGAGACCAAGGCGGCUCAUAAAAGCAAAAAUUAUGCCAAAGCGUUACGGUUAAUUGUGAAGCGUUCAACCGCGAUUUUGUCUGCAUCAUCGUACCUGGCUGCGCUCGUUGCCGAAGCAGAAUCCUUCCUUUAUUCAAACGGAGUUGUUUGCUACUUUAGCAACGGUUUACUAAGAAUACGCGAUCUGCACAACUCGGCACUUGAAGAUACUAUCAAUGUUGGAAAGCUCCUGAAGGGAGACGACGGCCUUUCCAGGACCAUCAAGGAUGAACAUGACUUUAAGCUGCGCAUCUUGAAUUACGCUGAUGGCUUCGUUUCUUGCUAUCUCAACCCCGGGAAUCGAUCAUUCCCCAGGCUUCUGGUCAUCAGCCGUUCCCACGGCAGCUUGUUCAGCCAUAUACUUGCAUCGUCUCGGAAGAUAUUCGUACGAAACAACGAUAGAUACCUUUAUUAUGGCACUCAUAGUGCCAUCGCAAGGGACGGAAGCCAGCGCUGGGUACUUCGAGGCUGUAGUCUCCUGAAUGGUAUAUGGCACAACAAUUUGACACAUCUUCCUGACAGGAUUGGGUCCGAUAUUGGCGCCAACAUCUGCUUCGAGAUCAUCGACGGCUACUUUUACGCCCUGGGAAGUCAGAGACACUCUCUCCAUGACUCAUAUAUUUGCGUCCGGUUUCGCAUUGAUCAGGCUGAAAAUAUGGAGGAGUGGCAGGAAUUUCAUUCUGGGGGCCUUGCAAAUAUUCAACGGAGUCUCAUCACACAAGAUGAGCGCACUGGGGUGCUGACCAUCGUCGAUGGUGGUAUUGAGUCGGGGGAAGGGGCCAGUGCCAGAAAGAGGACAUAUUACAGAAGAAGACUCCAGUUUCCUGGCAAUGGCGACAAAUCAGCCUUGUCUUCCACAGGUCCACUAACAAUUCCUGGAUAUGAAGGGCCCAGCAGGCCUGCACAUGCCUCAGACCACAACGCUGCCAGUCUACGUUUAUUAACUCCGAGCGACACACUCCUAAUGUGCUACUCAGACCGUCCUUUCCCAAGCCAAAGAAUAAGACUGAGGGUCAAUUUAACCCAUUUUACUGCGCCCGACACAGCUAACCCUGAAAGCCCAACUCCGGAUGAGCGCGUCGAAAGGCAAUGCAUGUCGAGAACAAACCUCUGGUCACCCCCAGGUUGGGAUAAUGACAAAAAUGUCAAAGCUCUCAAUGAUAUUCUCAGCCCGCAACUCGAACAAAACUUCAUUUGGAUGUGGGAUGAGGGGUUAAAAUGCUACACACAAGCAGGGUUGCUCAACACCGUUCUUGAUCCUUCAAUACGUUUACAAGGCACUCGAAAAUGGGUUAAUGCUUUCUUGGAGGUCCUUGGCGAAGAUCUCGGGGCAAGUUGUCCGGAAUCCAGAAUCCAGGAUCCAGAUCCUUCUGGCAACUCGGCCUACGAGGUCUGGGUGACAGAGGUGAUGGCUUUCCAUCGGUGUGCUGGGAAAGCGGAGAUAAACCCGACAGUUUGGUAUCACAAUAAACGUUGUAAAGGUCCUAGUUACCGUGACCAAACCUCGCGCGGCAUCAGGGACUGCAAGACGAGAUGCGGUGCUAACCUGAACAAACCCAUUGCCAUCAGCGCUGCGGCUCACAGAAUUGGACAGAGUGGAGGGUGGGAUGGAUUGACCCUCGUUGAAGAGCACCGAGGAGGACAGUGUGCCAUCUGA